GCGCCUGCCCCGCUCCAAGAUGGCCGCCUGACGGUUAUUGUAUUCUGUCAGGCGGUGAGAGGUGAGAGGCGGCGGGCGGCUCCUCGGCUCCGGGAAGAUGGCAGAAAGCGAGCGGCAGGCAGAAUUGCCCAAGGAGGCGCUGCCGCCUCCCGAUCAAAAAUUCAUGAUCCCCCAGAAGGAGAUCAACAUGGUUCCCGACAUGGCCAAGUGGAAACGCUCUCAGGCUUACGCAGACUACAUGGGCUUCAUCCUCACGCUGAACGAAGGCAUCAAGAGCAAGAAGCUGACCUGCGAAUACAAAGUCUCUGAGGCCAUAGAAAAGCUGAUCGCUGUCCUGAACACGCUCGACAGGUGGAUUGACGAGACCCCGCCGAUGGACCAACCCUCUCGUUUCGGGAACAAGGCUUUUCGGACUUGGUACGCCAAACUAGACCAGGGAGCAGAAAGCCUGGUAGCCACAGUGAUCCCCAAACAUCUGGCAGAAGCAGUGCCGGAGGUGGCCGUCUACCUGAAGGAAGCUGUCGGCAACUCCACCCGCAUCGACUACGGCACAGGUCACGAAGCUGCUUUUGCUGCUUUCCUGUGUUGCCUCUGCAAAAUUGGUGUGCUCCGGGUAGACGACCAGCUGGCUAUCGUCUUCAAAGUGUUCAACAGGUACUUGGAAGUGAUGCGGAAACUCCAGAAAACCUACAGAAUGGAACCAGCCGGCAGUCAAGGAGUCUGGGGUCUGGAUGACUUCCAGUUCCUCCCCUUCAUCUGGGGCAGCUCACAACUGAUCGAUCACCCGAACUUGGAGCCUCGGCAUUUCGUUGAUGAGAAGGUGGUGAACGAAAACCACAAGGACUACAUGUUUCUGGAGUGUAUCCUGUUCAUUACAGAGAUGAAGACAGGCCCAUUUGCGGAACACUCCAACCAGUUGUGGAACAUCAGCGCAGUCCCUUCCUGGUCCAAAGUCAACCAGGGCCUCAUCCGCAUGUAUAAAGCUGAGUGCCUGGAAAAGUUUCCCGUGAUCCAGCACUUCAAAUUUGGCAGCUUGCUUCCCAUCCAGCCCGUCACAUCUUAAGGAGGCGGUUUGGGGGACGAGGCGCAGAGAAAGCGGGCUGCAGUCGGCACUCUCCUCCCCCCUUACCCCACACCUUGCCACCCCACAGCCCCUUCUUUCCCGUGGGUUAUCUUGUGUUAGCAUAUGGGGCGGGGCAAGGGGGGGAAGAAGCAGUUGAGAAUCUUGCAUGGGGGGGACCCCGUUAAAACGCAAGAUCUCCAAGCGACCUUGGACCAUGACAAUCCGGCAACGUGUUCCUCGCUGCCACCUCCGUACAGAACUCUCCUUCAUCCCCAGCAUGUUCAGCCUCUCGCCGCUUGUGUUUUAUUUUGGAAGGCCUGCUGUAGACAGCUCCGGGGAAAAUACAAGUGCUUUAAACGGAGGGGCGAGGCUUGUAGCACGAAGACUGUUCAGGGUGUGUGUGGCUUUUGUCUUUGUUUUUCUCGAAUCCCCUAGAAGGCUGGACUUGGGGGGGGGGCGCAAAGAUGGUCCCGGGAGUACUGCAAACUGUUAAGGGCCAACCGGGUAUUUUGUUUUGCUUGCAGCGGAAGGCGUUGGUCACCUCCUCCUUGGUUGAAGCUUCUUUCUUUUGACUUACUGGAGGGAGGCAAGAGGGAAUCAAAGCUAAGCGGGUGCCUGCAUAUGCUAGGUUUCCAGUUGCUGGGGUGGGUGGGUGGAUGGGGGUCCUCAGGCCAACGGAGAGAGUCCAGCUAGAGACUCGAGUGCAAGAAGCCAGAGAGUCGGGGCCAUGCGAGCACAGCUGUCUUCCUGUCUGUCAUCUAUGGGUGCACAGUCGACAAGCCCCACAGCUUGCCUGUGAAACUGUCUGAAUGUGGGUGGAGACUGAUGGGGUGCCCCGUGCUGUUACAGGAGGGCCGUGCUGGAGCAGAGUCUUUCUAUCCCUCCUCUCUCUCU